AAAAGCUUCUAUUUAUUGUAAACAUCAAUUCUCUAUCAGCUGAUUAUGGCCGCAGUAUUCGUUUUUCUAAUUCUGGGAUUUAUCAUUGAAGUUCAACCUCUGGAACGACACGAAUUUUUGAAGGCCCAUAACCUUGCAAGGCGGUUUGAAAAUGCUGCUAACAUGAAAGAAAUGAAAUGGAGUGACGAAUUAGCUUCUCUCGCCCAAACCUGGGCCAGUGCAUGUAUAAGGGGACACAAUCGUAACAGGAAGACCCGGCAUUUCAGAAAGAUUGGCGAGAACAUACACAGAAGUACCCGUCAAAAAACAGGUUAUGAAGCAGUAGCCAGCUGGUGCAAAGAGAAAGCUUUUUAUGAUUUUGAUGAGGAUUCGUGCACGGGUGUAUGUGGCCAUUAUACACAGGCAGUAUGGGCUGACUCGGAAUAUAUCGGGUGUGCUGAAGCGUUUUGUCCGGCUUUCUUUCGCGGAAGAGGCGGUUACAACUAUGUAUGUAACUACGGACCGAGGGGUAACUGGAGGGGAAGGAAACCUUACAUUCCGGGGCAGCAAUGCAGUCAGUGUCCCAAAGGCUACAAAUGUCACGGGGGGCUGUGUGCUGAAGAGGACUCGUAAAUCAGUUGUGUUGAACUAAUGCAAACUUUGAGUGAUUGUAAAAUUACCAUUGGAUGUUUUGAUACUUGAAUAUGUUUAGAUGAAAAAAGAACUUUAAUACCGAA